AGGGAGCGGAGCUGAGCCGAACCCAGUGAUAAAAGUCAGGGUUUAAAAAGCAAAAAGAAAAAAAGAAAGAAACAGCCAAAACAAUACGAGGUACCACAGCCGCCAUCACUGGACUAACACAACACCGUACCACAGUUGUCUUUGAAUAAGUGCUUAAUUAAGAUGGAGCCUCUUCGUCGCUAUAUCAAGCGUCAGAAAAAUCAUUCCAAAUGCAGGAUUAACAACUUACCUGAUGAUAUGCUUAUUGUCAUUCUUUCCCGUUUGAACUUCCAUGAGGCAGCACGUACCUCUAUUCUCUCACAGCGAUGGAGAUACUUAUGGGAGCAUACAUCUUGCAGUCUUGAAUUCUAUAAUAACAAGACAUAUACGUCGCGACGAGCCGAAAGGUUUAUAACUUCAGUUAAUCAAGUCUUGAAAUUGCAUCAGGCUGCAUCUAUAGAGCAGUUCAAAGUUUGUUUUUACUGCCCGGUAUUUUCUAUCGCAGAAGAGCAACACAAACGCGACCGUUCUAUUGAUGCCUGGAUUCGUUUUGCAAUAGGAAAACAAGUCAAGGUGUUUGAAUUGGACUUGGCCACAAAGCCUAGGCUUGUAUCUCCUACCACUUAUAGCAUUCCUCACGUGAAAAAGUUCUUGUCCAUUUCCGGCGGCCAGCUAAAGUUGCUGACAACUCUCAGGACUCUUAAAUCUGUUCGAUUUGUUGGUGUCAAAAUAACACAACAAGUUGUUCAAUACCUUUUAUCCAACUGUCCCUUGCUGGAGCAACUGUGUAUUUCAGCCUCAGAUUCUCUCAAGAAAUUGGUGGUUCGUGGUUCAUUACCUAAGUUAAGGUCCGUGGAAAUAUCUCGUUGUGAACAUUUGAAGACUAUGAAGGUUCGUGCUCCAAGUCUCGUGUCGUUUACAUACAUCGGAUGCUUUAUCCCUGAGCUUUCCGAGGAAGGUCCCUCCCUAUCUGAGCUAACUAUUGGAGGAUUUUGCGCCUAUUAUUUUAUUAUGCGGGCUCCCAUGUAUUCGAGCUAUUGCAGCAACCUGAAGAGGCUUAAACUCGAAGUGUCUUCCGAGGUAUCUUCCUUAUGCAAGGUGAUUCCCGAUGAAUUUCAUCUAUUCUGCCAUCUGAAAAAGUUGGAAUUAGAUAUCACCAUAAUGUUUGGUGAUGGCCUUUGCUUCUUCAUAUUCUUGAUCAAUUGUGCUCCUCGUUUGUCCAGAUUAACCAUCCGGUUAUCAUUCCUUCCUUUCUUCAUUGGCGGCAUUAAGAGACACGCUGUACGGGGGUAUGGAAUUCUCAAUGACUUGUUUGAGAAGGGCAUGGCGGAAGCACGCGCUGCUGAUCGUAUAGCACAAGAAGCUAUGACAUUUUGUCAUAAAAGUCUAAAGGUAGUGAAGUUGGUUGGUUUUAUUGGGUCUACAAGUGAUUAUGAACUUGCUUUGCAUUUGCUGCGAAUUGCUGGAUCUCUCAAGAGAAUGAUCCUUUGUUCUGAUUAUGCCGAUUUUGAUGAUCUAAAUGAGUUUUGGCCACGCUCCAUGAGGAAGAAGGCAAUCCGAGAGUGUGCUGAUCAGCUUAAAGCAAAUUUAUCUCCCAGAGCUGAAUUGUUGACAUAUGGCCCUGGUUUUUCAAGAAGAGAAUAUAGCACUGGAGAAGUGAUAACCCCUACGGAAAGAUAGUUUGCUGCCAUCCUAGACACCAGUCUUAUUAGCCCAUGGAAAUUAUCUAAACCGAGCGGAUCAAACCUUUCUUCUUCCUGGUCAAGCAGAUGCGGAACCUUAUUAUUUAGCGGCUCUCCGAAGUCAGAGAGAUGGGUGGGGCCUUUCUGCUAGGAUGGACAAAGCGCUUUCAUCACCAUUAAAUUCAUUUAAACGACAUGCAUAUUUACUACGACUUCUUUAUUUUGUCUUUAGUAUUGUUUUUAUUAUUUUAAGAGAAACUUUGUUGGAUAACUUAUGUAUGUUCUUUGAUGAACUUUCACCUCUUUUUUAACUAUUGAAAUUAUAUGUAAGCGUUUGAGUUUCCGAGUCCCAAAGCUAAUGUUAUGUUACUUUUAACAUCUUAAUCGGGGGCAUUUUAUUGUGAUAGCAGGACUCUAGUUGAGAGAGGCCAAUUAAUCAAUCAUCUCAUUUAUUUAAAAUACUGUAUAUGUUGGUUUUGUUUCUGA